AUGAAGUUUUAUUGGAGCCUUCGAGAUUUGGAUAAGACUGUAGAGCCUGAUGAAUUUGUUAGAGAUGGACUUGUUGGUCAGCUCAUAUGGAGAGAAUACUUUUACACUAUGUGUAUGAAUAACCCAAAUUUUCAUAAAAUGUUAGGAAAUCCUAUUUGUUUAAACAUAGAUUGGAUUCAGGACGACGAGAUGCUUGAAGCUUGGACAAAAGGAAGAACUGGCUUCCCACUUAUUGAUGCAGCUAUGAGGCAGUUACUUCAAGAAGGUUGGAUUCACCAUGUUGCUCGAAAUUCCGUUGCUUGUUUUCUUACCAGAGGGGAUUUGUGGAUAUCAUGGGAAGAAGGAUUAAAGGUAUUCCUAAAAUAUCUUGUGGAUGCAGAUCUACCUGUUUGUGCUGGUAACUGGAUGUGGGUUUCAAGUUCUGCAUUUGAGGUUGUAUUGCAAAGUUCUUUGUGUAUUUCGCCCACCUCAUAUUUACGUCGUUUUGAGCCUUCUGGACAGUACAUAAAAAAGUAUGUGAAAGAACUAAGCAAUAUGCCUGGAGAAUACUUGUUUGAGCCUUGGCUUGCUCCUCUAGAAGUUCAAAAGUCAGCUGGUUGUAUUCUAGGUAAAGAUUAUCCAUUGCCCAUAGUUGAACACCAAGCAGCAUCAGAGAAGAAUUCUGAAAAAAUGGAUUCAGUUAAAGCUAUGUUCCUUCCAACUUCAAUUCCUGUUCAUUAUGCUCCCAGUAAUUCUUCUGAAGCAUGUGUUUUCUUAUGGUUACCAGAAAAUUGUCUUGAUAGUUUGUCUUAA